AUUGAAAUGAUUUGAUGUGACUGAUUCGACAUUAUCCUUUCACUCAGGCAAACGUACUUAUCUCCAUGUGCUUACCCCACAAUUUAUCGAUAAGAAAGUCUCAUGAAUUUCCCCUCCAAUUUUUUUCUGCCCAUUUCCUCCACCCUUCCGCACGACAUACUCAACACCCUCGUUAUCCAAAAUGAAGAUCGAAGAAAUGUCCGACGAUACGCCUACAUCUACACCCGCUCCAAUAGCAGGCGAAGACUUUGACCUUCUAGCCCAAGCCAUGUCCUCCGCCUUCCCCGGCUUUGCUCCCUCUAACCCCUCCGACCCCUCCUCCACAACCCCUUCUCUUCCUCCUUCCCUCGCCUCCCUCCGCGAUAAAUCCGGCCCUGAGAUUCUCAAAUCCCUAAACUCUACUCCGUUAUUCAUGACCGAACUAGAAGAAAACAACGAAUUAGAAGCUUUCAAAGCAUUAGCCUACGAAGGUACACCUCUAGAAGUCGCGACAAAUUUCAAAGAGCAGGGGAAUGAUAGUUUUAAGGAGAAGAGAUUGGUGGAUGCGAAGGAGUUUUAUACUAAGGGAGUGAAUAUUUUGUUGGCUGAGGUUAGAAGGAGGCAGAGAGGGGAAAAGAGGGACGGGGAUGUGCCUGAGGAGAGGGAGGAUGAGGUGGUUGAGGAGAUUAAAGUGUUAGAGGUGCUGCUUGUGAAUCGGGCCAUGGCUCAUUUGGGAUUGAAGAAUUAUAGGAGUUGUAUCUUGGAUUGUGGGGCGGUGUUGAGGAUCAAUAAUAAGAAUACCAAGGCAUUAUAUAGGAGUGCGAAGGCGUUGUUGGCGUUGGGGAGGAUAAAGGAGGCGGAUCAUGCGCGAGGGGCUAGAAAUAGUGGGGGAUGAUAAGGCAUUGCUAGCUUUGGCUGGAGAGAUUUUAAAGAAGAAUGAGGAGAUUGAGGCGAAAAGGAAAAAGGAAGUUGAGAGAUUGGUGAGGGAGAAAAAUGAAGAGAGCAUAUUAAAGACAUCGUUGGCGGCCAGGGAAAUCACGUUACGAAUGACGGAUAAACCGCCAGAAAUGGAGGAUGCGAAAAUCGAACUAGUCCCCGAUGCAUUGGAUCCGAUCAAUUCAACAUUAUCAUUCCCAGUUCUUUUACUAUACCCUCUUGCAGCAGAAUCGGACUUUAUAAAGUCAUUUAAUGAGAUGGAUACUGUGGGACAACAUCUGGAAUAUAUAUUACCGUUACCGUGGGAUGUUAAAGGAGAAUAUAGAGAUGGAAAGGUGGUGGAGUGUUAUGUGGAGAAGAAAAAGGGCUCGCUGAUUAAGGUGGGAAGAAAAGUUACUCUGUUGAAGGUUUUGAGUGGUGGGGAAGUGGUGGAUGGGGUUGUGAGUAUAUAUGUGGUACCGAAGCAGAAGGCAGCUGGAUGGAUAGAAGAGUGGAAAAGGAAAAAUGUAACAGCGAAGUAAAUGAGAUCUUAAGAUUACAUGAUACACUGCAAUUGACUUGAAACCCUAAGACUCCAUUUCAUAUGCGAGGACUCAAUGAGAGGAUAUACAUACGUAUACAGUCAUCUACUUCAUAGAUAAAUCUUCACGAGCCUCACAAACCUUCAAUCACUCCAAAGAUAAACAAGC